GAUCAGGCCAACUUGUUCUUUUCUCUUGAAUACAUCACUGAGAUUACUGGGAAAAGUAUCUGGACCCGUAACGCAGACUUUGCGUAGUGACUUUCUACUACUAUGCACUACGUGUUCCGUCGCUCCAUGCCAAGACCGGGUCCUUUCGUUUCCCGUUACUUUCAUUCAAACCACGUUAACCUAGAUAUCCGCAAUGAGCUUAACGCGGCAGUUAAGAUGGCCAUGAAGGACAGAUAUUUGGUAGCUUCUACCACCCUGAGGUCUGUACUUUCCGAGGUGCACAGUCUCGAUAAAGCCGCGGGUUCCAAGGCCCCAUCCUCCGCAGUAAUGGAAUCUGCCACCGAGUUCACGAAGCGCAGCCGGCCUGAUCUCGCAGCCAAAGAGUCUCGUGAAGCCGAAAUAAUUGCCGCAUUGCUACCUCCCUUGUUGUCGGGAAGUGAGGUCGACCAUGCUCUUGAGGAAGCAAUGGGCGGAUGUACGACAGAUGAUGCCAAUCCUCGCAAAGUGCCCGGACAUGUCCUCAAAGCAUUUUAUACUAAGGUGGACAAGUCUAAUGUCGAUUCGAAUUUCGUCAAGCGUAGAGCUGAAGCAUUGCUUAACGCCAACCGUUCUUGAUUAAUGAUCACUCUGGCACGCUGUUCGUGGACUCUCACAUAGUCAACCAUACGAUAGAAUGCUCAGCACAAACAGUAUACGACUUCCGCGAUUCAGCCACACUCCU